CGUCAAUGCCGUUCUUGUGCUUUUUGUUUCUUCAAAGAACUUUUUCUAUCUUUUCAUUUUGUUCCAUGUUCCCAACGGUUUGUCAAUAUCAAAACCUAAACGGAAACGAACAUUGUCAUUAGCAAAAUGUCAAAGUGAAAAUGUUUUCCAACACAAAAAUGGCGAAGAAACCCCUAUGAAGAAAGUGGGAGAAACCACGGUCCCAAAGACCGAAAAUGAAUUUGAUGCCGAGGACAUCAAGAAGAUUGAAAACUAUGCAAAGGCCAUCAAUAUGCUAUAUUGCACGGUCAACCCCGAUGACUACCGAAAGAUCUCCUGUUGCACAACCGCCAAGGAGAUGUGGGACAAGCUUGAGGUGACGUACGAAGGUACCGAUCAAGUUCGCGAAGCCAAGAUCGACUUUCUCACCCAAGAGUACGAAAUGUUCCGAAUGAAAGAAGGUGAGAAAAUUGGUGACAUGUUCAACCGGUUCUCAAAGAUCAUCAACGAUCUUCAUGCUCUCAAAAAGACUUACACCAACAAGGAUCUCGUGAGGAAAAUCCUGCGGAGCCUCACACCCGAAUGGAGGUCUAAAGCCGAUGCAAUCUAUGAAUCCAUUGGAGUCUCCAACGUCACCAUCGACGGGCUAAGAGCUACCAAGGAACCGGUGGAAGAGGCUUCAAGCGAUGACGACAAUGAAUUCGGGCUGGUCAUCAAGAAGUUCCACAAGUUCAUGAAGAAGGAAUUUGAGCGGAAGGGAAGGAAGCAUGACGGUCCUCCCAAGUGUUACGGCUGUGGCGAGAUUGGCCACAUCAAGCCAAGGUGUCCAAAGGCCAAACACGGCAAGGAUAAGCCUGGCUUCAAGAAGCAAAGGGCCUACAUCUCUUGGGGUGGCGAUUCCGGCGACGAAUCAACCGACCAAGAGGAGGAUGAAGCUGCAAAUCUCUGCCUCAUGGCGCACGAAGAUCAAAGCGACGACGUCCAAGAG